AUGAAAAUUUUGAGGUUGAGUGGCAACAAAGUUCAGCUGAACACGAGUGGUAUGAAUAAUCCGAAACCAAAGCUGUUUGACAACUGUAAUAAACUAGAACUUGUUGAUCUUUCCUUUAAUGAACUGAACCACAUUCCUCCUGAUAUAUUUCAAGAUGCACCUAAUCUAAAAUAUUUAGACCUGUCCUCGAAUAAAUUGAAAAAUUUUAAUCUUGAUCGUAUUGAACAUUUCGACUUCUUGAAUCUAUCUUAUAACAUGUUCGGGAAACUCGAUGCAACGUUCACUGAUGAACUUGAAAAAUGGUUCAAUGGGACAAUAGAUUUACGAGGGAAUCCAUUGUCAUGCAAAUGCAACGACAUCGAAUUUGUGAGCUGGUUGCAGUCCUAUCGUACGAGUUUACAUCACCCAGGAGAAAUAACAUGUACAAAUGAAAAUGGUCAACUUGUUCGUGUAAUGGAGAUUCAGGUGUCGGAUCUCAACUUCCAAUGCAUCAAGACAAUUGUCAUAGCAGUAGUCGUAGCAGUGGGAACUAUUGGUCCCGCUAUUGGUGCAGUUUUGACAAUUGGCUUGCUUAUCUAUAAAUGGCGUUUUAGAAUACAAUAUCUUGCAUUGCUAGCUCGUGCCCAAUUCCGUCAAAGACAUUUUCUGGAUGGUGACUACUAUUUUGAUGGCUUCUUGAGCUAUAGUAGCAUAGACAAAAGGUUCGCCCAUGACACUUUGAUUCGUCAUUUGGAGGAUAAUAUCGGUUACAAAUUGUGUUUCGAUGAGCGCAAUUUUCUGAUGGGUCACGUCUUAGAGGACUUGGUAACAGUCGCCAUGAAUCAAAGCAGAAAAAUAAUACUUAUUAUAUCUCAGAAUUUUUUACAGAGUGGGUGGUGUACAUAUGAAAUGGAAAUGGCGAAUGGAGUUCUUGCUACUCGUGGAUCAAAUUGUAUAAUUCUGAUACUCAAAGAGCCUUUGAAUGCGAUUCAUGCUGACCUGAUUAAACCGAGAUUGCGAGCACUUUUAGACAGUCGUCUGUAUGUAGAAUGGAGCGAGGAAGAAGACAGGCAGAAACUGUUCUGGCGGAAGCUACAGGAUGCAUUGGGACAACCAGGACACGCGGAACUAACCGAUGAACACCGCAGAAAUAAAUACCUUAUAUUCUCGGACCAGGAUAGAGGUAUCUGUGAUGAUGAUGACGACCACAAUCAAGAAGCAAGGCCUUUGCGUGCUACUAGUGAUGUGUAGCGUAUUGGCCACUUCUUAAUCAACAUUUGAACAAUUGA